AAUAUGUAUAUUCUAUACAUGGAACGUAUCUGUUUUAUUUUCGUUUUUUGGACCUGAAGAUGGCCUGUUAAUCAGGUUGAAAGCGUUUGUGUUUAAAAUAUAUAAUUCUCAGCAAAAUUAAGGUGUUCUAAUAUAUAUGUUUACUUGCUGAGCACGUUUAAGGUUAUAGUUAUGGCGGCACCGGUAAAAACGUACAAGAUAUACAGGAAGUUGGUGUUAAAGAUGAUUAAAGCGAGUUGUAAGUUAGACUUUUUAAGAGAAUGUUUAAAGAACAAAGUCUAUCCCAUGUCGAUCUAUCAAAUUAGCAUCCCUACGGAAUGCCGUUCGCUUAUAGUUAAGUUCCGUUUAGCAUGCCUCAAGAAAUCUAUUAGAAUAACAAAGAACAGGAAGUAUGGGGUCUUAAAUGAACUUAUUUGUCUAGAGGAUACCGUGUACAAAGAUGAUCCGAAUAAACUAACUCAUAUCAAUAAUAGGGUUGUGGAUUUGGCAGAAGCAGUCAGGAAGAAUUCCACUAAACGUUAUGUGAAAAAAUUGAAAUGGAUUAUUAGUAAACAAGUGAAAAGAUUGAAUAAAGAGAGCCCUAAUACCUUCCAAGUAUGGGACCAGAUAGAAAUACCAAAGAAAAUCAAAGAAGUGCUUGAGAAAGGCCCUAACUUUGUCCCAGAUGUGGUGAAUAGUUGGGAAACCUCCAUACAGGAGAUUGAGAGAGGGAUAGUUGGCAUGGAUCCUUUAGAUAAGGAAUUCUUUAGAUGGAGGACUGUCAUCAUUAACCGGCCAAAGAAAAAAGCAACUGGUAUUAGCAAUAGAGACAUAUGGCUUACGAAGGAGUGGUUAAGAACGAAUGAUCUGGUGAUGACCAAAGCAGACAAAACUAAACAUUUAGUUGUCAUGAAGAGACAUACGUUUGACAAGGAAUUACAUGCUUACAUCAGGAAGACUGAAUGUGAAAUAGUUGACGACAAAAUAAUUGGAUCUCUGGACAGAAGGGUCAAGAAGUUAGAACGCUCAAGUCUCGCUGCCGUUUUGCCUUUUCUGAAGAAAUGUCACAAUCCAAGUUCAGGAGCUCCAAGAUUGUUUGCGUUUGCUAAGACGCACAAAACUGGAAAUGAAUUAAGACCAGUGGUAGAGAAGUGUAGGGGGCCCACCUUUAUCUUAGAAAAAAGGCUACAUGAAUAUUUAUCCUCACAGAUAGAAGACGAUAGACUGGUGGCAAAAGAUCCUCUUGUCGUAGUGAAGGAAAUGCAAAAUAUUUCUUUAAUGGAAGACGAAGUGGCGACCGUUUUGGAUUAUGAAAGUAUGUAUCCUUCAGUAAGGAUUGAAUCAUGUGUGGAGGCAUUAUUGGAUUUCAUGUACAACAACAACCCUCAGUUGCUUAGUUACACCCAAGACCUAGAGGAACUCGCUAGCCUGGUAUGUUAUCAAUCUUGUUUUACCUUUUGUGGUCGAAUUUACAGGCAGAAAUCGAAUUUACAGGCAGAAAAGAGGGGUUCCGAUGGGAAGUCCCCUCUCUGGAAUUCUUUGCGAGAAGAUGUCAUACAUUUCGUCAGAUAUGUGGAUGACAUUUUUNCUAUUAAUUCAACAUCUCCUUCAAGAAAUUACAGACAGAUACUAAAAGAGCAAAGAAAAAUUAGAAAAGAAAAUGUAUCUAAAGGCAACUUUCAAAAUUAUAAUAUUGAAAAUAAACCCAAAGAAACUGAAGUAAAUAUAUCAUUUAAUAAUGAUAUAAUCUCAGAAAUGACAACUGAAUUCCAUAAAAAUAAUAACUCCGAACAAAAAAAUAAUAGUAGUACUUCAAAUCCAGCAUUACUUCAAUCGUCUCCAUCACAAAAGAAAUUGGAAUUUUUACAGAAACAUUGGGAAAAUAUAAAUAAACAUAAUUCUUCUCCAAUAACAAAGUGUACUUUAAUUCCAACACUUAAUAUUCUCUCUCUUUUUACUGAACGUAAAAUACCAUUUAGAUCUGAAUUUUCAGGAAAAGAUAAAAAUCACAAGAUAUCAGUUUCCGAAGAGGGUAAAUGUAAAGUUUGCAUGUCAAAUGAAAAUCUGUCUGAGAAUGACCCUCCUUUUAAAGUAGAAUUGCAACCAUCAAAAAGUAAACAGUCAUCUGGAGCAAACUGUGUUGUAGAAAAAGAAGAAAUUUAUUACAGAAUUAAGGAUUUCAAUGUUCCUGUACAGAGGACAAUGUUAUCAGGAUGUAAAUCACCUAUCUGCACUCCUGCUUCUAUACAAGAGAAAUCGAAACCAUUACCUCAUAUAUCUCAAUCAACUUCCAGGAUAUGUUCUGAUCCUACAAAUUCUGUAAAUACAAAUAUUUGUACUGUUGAGCUUCCACAGUUAUCUAAUUCAAAUUCUGAAGUAACGCUGCACAAGCCUUUUGUUAAAAAAAUAAGGAGUUCUAACAAGUAUGCUAAAGACAUAUUUGUCCAAAGAGUCUAAAGAAUUAAAAGAGGAUAUUCAGUAUUGGAAAUAGUCAUCAUCAGAUUUCUAAUAUUAGGAUCUCAUUUAUUUUAAUUUAUGAAUUAGUUCAAGAUAUUUUUAAAAAUGAUUAGUUUUAAAUCUUAAAUAAUGUGAUAACUUUUUAACAGUUUUAUUCAAGAUGAUGAUAAUGAUUGAUUUUAUUAAUAAGAAUGCUUUU